AUGGGCAACUUUACACUCAACCACUACAUCCACAAACACCGUCACAGCAGCGUCGGCCGCCAUCCCAACUUCGUUUUCCGUCUCAUCAUCAGGACCAAACGCGCUAUGUCGCUGCGCCAGGAGCAACUGGCCAUCGUCGCUAGGGACGCGUCACAAGAGGUUCCGGUUUUAAACAAGUUUCUCAAGUUAGAGACGCCGGUUAAAUCGGACACUAAACAAAACCCGACACCCAGACACCCCGACAACCCGACAUCCCGACACCCCGACACCCUGACAUCCCGACAACCCGACACCCCGACACCCAGACAUCCCGACACCACGACAACCCGACAUCCCGACAACCCGUCAUCCCGACAUCCCGACAUCCCGUCAUCCCGACAUCCCGACAUCCCGACACCCCGACAUCCCGACAUCCCGAAAACACGACAACCGAACAACCCGUCAUACCGACAUCCCGACAUCCCGACAUCCCGACACCCCGACAUUCCAACAUCCCGACACCACGACAACCCGACAUCCCGAUAUCCCGACACCCCGACACACCGACACCACGACACCCCGACAUCCCGACACCCCGAUUCCCCGACAACCCGACAUCCCGACACCCCGACACCCCGACACCCCGACACCCCGUACACCCCGACAUCCCGAUAUCCCGACACCCCGACAUCCCAACACCCCGACAUCCCGACAUCCGGACACCCCGACAACCCGACAUCCCGACACCCCGACACCCCCCUGAGGGACCGCAGACCCGAGUGCUAA